AGCAACACGACCAGGAAGAAAAAUUUUUUUCAGAAAUCGCAUGACGCUGACGUCACGCGGAAUGCGGACUACAAAUGCGUACUGUCAGAAGCAACUGACCUGAAAACAAAUUGACAAGACCCCAGAGAUGCAGAAAAUGCUGCGUUGUCUCUGCUGCUGCUGCUUCUCAAGUGAAAGCUCCGGGAACGAGAGGCAGCCUCUCCUGCAGCCCAGACCACCUGACCUGAAUGAAGCUGGAUCAGCCAGGCAGAUCCCACCAGCACGCAGUGCACAGGCCGUGACGCGGACUGGCAGGCUGGAGAUGAGACGGGUGGGCGUUCCAGAGUUGGACCAGAGGUUUUCUGACGUGGCCGAGACCUUCAACGAACAGCAGGAGCACUAUGAGGCCAUGGUCCGACACGUCAGGAGCCUGCGACAGAGCUGCGGCUGUGCCCGCGGCGAUACCCUGGCUUUUGCUGAAUGCGUGGGGAAGAUCAGAGAGGACCACCAAGCCACAUACAGGGUGUCCCUUAAGAUGAAGGGCUAUGACUUCUCCCUCAGUGUGAUUCCUGUGGGGUUAGAGGGUGAACAUGAGGAGGAACUGCUGCCUCCACGUCUGAAGUUGGCUCAGGAUGACCUGAGGGGCACUUCUGAGAGCGCCAGAGCCACCAUCUCAAGGGGAACCACACUUCAAGAGCUGUUCGGUUGGCUGCUCCGUAGCAGGGAUCAAAUUGCUGAGCAAGUGAAGGGGGCAGCACCAUCUUACCAGGAGCAAGGAAGACUGAAUGAGAACCUGGAGGUGAACAUAAGGGAAGUGAAGAGGGCGAAGGACUUGUCGUUGGGAUAUAGACAACGAGCUGGAGAAGUCCUCACUGAGGCUGCACAGAUUGCAGGGGCUUAUUUGUAGUUUAUGUACAUUUUAAAUGCUUUAUUUGAAUCCACAAAUUACAUCUUAAGUGUUUAUUAUCUUUACAAGGAUUAUACACUAUUUGACACUUACACUGCAGGGCUACGGUUACAGCUCAGAUUGAACAAAAAUUUUGCCAGCUGUCUUGCUCUUUUUCUGGAUAAACAUGCCAGUCACAAACCCAGUGACAGUCAGCUUGUGAACACGCACAAGGCUGCCAAAUGUCAUUAUCAGAAAUCUGCAUUCAUAUCUUGGCAUCUGCUACAACAUCAGGAUUGUUAGAAAUAUGACAGAACAGAUGAUGAGACACAGACACAGACAUAGAAAGUCACGCAUGUAUUGAAAGGUACCACAACACACUGCUUUGCAGGCCUUUGCAGCUGCUCGUUUCAUGUUUGUUACAAGGAAAUGAAGACUUGAGGACUCAUAUUCGCCUUUUAUAUGUUUUCUUAAAACUGUAAUGAAUAUGGCACAGACUUGCUCUCACACUUAAAAUACUGUUAAUUUGUCUGCGUAAAGAAUUUAAUUUUCCUUGAUAUGUGUAAUUUUACCAGCUAACGUUAGGGGGCAUUGCAGACUCACUUUAUUUUGUAACAGUUGCUCUUUGAUUCAUAUUCCUUAGAUGUAGUUUGUCUCUCAGAAAUUGCACUUCAUGGAUCAAGAUUCCCUAAAUCCUAGGACCCCAGAAUCGGGUAUCCACAUAAUGAAUGUAUCACUAUUUUUUAGAAUUUUGUACCUCAUUAGACACUUAGGUUUUUUGCACAAAUUUUUGCCUUGUGGAAAGAUUGUUCUAAAUGCAGGAGUAUUCAGGUUAUGAACUGCACUGGAUAGUACAUUUUUUUUUCUAUAAUACCAAAGAGAACAAGACAGGACAGGAUAGUCCCCUAUAGUAGCAAUGGGAACUCAACUUGAGGCUUGUUGUGACUAUUUGUGCCCAUUGGCUAUUGUAAUAUUCACACAGAUUAGAUUUGCUGCUUAUUAUCCACAAAAGCCCCAUUGCGUUUAUUAAUUAAACUGCAGCUUUCUAACUUCUAUUAAUGUGAAAGCAAACAAACACAUGGCCAGAUGCCAUCUUGAUAAUUAAUUUUGGUGAACCCAUUGUUGCAGAGGUCAUUUUCAAGUGGUUAUGCAUUAUUUAUCUGAGAUGGACAGUUUUACUGCUUUGACCUUAAUCUUUACAGGUUUAUUUGGAAUGAAGUGUGCAGGAUGUGGUGGGUAAAACCACUAAUGAGUUAGUCUCAUUAUAAGGUUUAGUAAAUAUAACAGGUUAAUAAAAAUUUGUUUAAAAAAACGUUGUAUAUGUUUAAUACAGGCAACCUAUAUUAACUAUGUCCU